AUGAACAAAAGACAGUCGCUAGCGCUCAUUACCAUCCUACUAUCGCUGUGUACCACUGUUGUAUGUUUACGACGUUACAGUGAUGAUCUGAGUGUUUUAGAGAACGAUGAAGAUGAUUUAUUCUGUGCAGUGAUGAAUCCCGCAACCGGCACCUACAUUGAUCUUUCACAACUGUCAUCCACACCAAACAAACUAAAAGAUGGAGGAAAAAGCCGUAGUAGCGACCCUUCAAAGACCCGUUGGUUGGUCUCUGGAUGGGGAUACAAUACAAACUUCACAAUAGGAGUAUGUUCCAGCCCCGUGACAAAGGACGAAGAGACACAUUUAACCAACACUACAGGUGCAUUCUACCAAGAUCCAAAGACCCAUCAAUUGAUAUCCAUAGGAGAUUUUGCUACGACGCCCACACUACUACGGUCCAAGAAACUGACUUUGAAGUACCAAAAUGGCGACAAGUGUCCCAACGGAGUCGAUCGCAAAUCUACUCUAUUGAAUUUUGUAUGCGAUAAGGAACUCUCCAGCAAAGCACAGAUCACAUAUAUCGGUAGUUUACACGACUGUUCGUAUUUCUUUGAAGUCCGGAGUUUGUACGCGUGUCCGACUUCCAACAAGAGCAACGAAGUGAAUCUACUAGGGAUCUUUGUCGGGAUAUUUGCAGUUUUCUUCCUGGUAGAAUACGGUGGGAGAAGAUGGCUAUAUGGGAAAGUCAGAACCCAUUUCAACCCUGUAAACUCCCAGCGACCACGCUGGGAGUUUACAGAUCAAGAACCGGCAUGGAGGAGGUUUCUCAAGAAGAUCGCUCAACCGGGCAAGAGAUCCGGCCCCAUAUCAUUGAAUGGUACCAGAGGUAGUCGAGAAGACUUCUUAAGGGAUAUGGAACGUCAAAACGAUAUCAUAGACAGUCUUGAAGUACGCAGUACCGCCACAACCAACGGUAGCGACAACUAG